GGAGCGUGGCUGAGAGCGAGCGUGCAGUGUGCGCGUACCUCUUCCUUCCGGCUGUGAUAACCCGCUUUCUAGUCACCUUGCACACUGCUCGGCUGCAGCCAUGUUGGGAGCCGCUCUCCUCAGGCGUUGUGUUUCCUCUGGACUUCGUAGCCUUCCUCGCUGCCGUGUGCAGCCUGUCUCUGCCGGUUCCCCAGCUGCAGUAGCUGCUCGCUGUUAUUCUCACGCCAAACAUGAAUCAGACGAGGAGUUUGAUGCUCGCUGGGUGACAUACUUCAACAAGCCAGAUAUUGAUGCCUGGGAACUGAGAAAAGGCAUGAACACUCUCAUCGGUUAUGAUCUGGUUCCAGAACCAAAAAUCAUUGAUGCUGCUUUAAGGGCGUGCCGUAGGUUAAAUGACUUUGCUAGUGCUGUUCGUAUUCUAGAAGCAGUGAAGGACAAGGCUGGACCUCACAAGGAAAUCUACCCCUAUGUUAUUCAAGAGCUUCGGCCAACUUUAGAUGAGCUUGGCAUCUCCACCCCAGAAGAACUGGGCUUAGAUAAAGCAUAAGCAUUAUAGGUGAUCCAUCCUGCGGUUUUAUUAACCAUGCUACUUGAUUGUACACAGCCAUCCAGAAAUACAAAGAUGUUAAUGUAUUACCUUUAUUUGAAAAAAAAAUGCAACUCGUUCUUUUAUUGAGUCCUAAUGUCUGUAAUAAUAUGUUGGACCUAAUAAAGGGAUAUUGUUUAAAA